AGGCUGCGCGGCGCGGCCAGAGCUCAGGCGAACAGCCCCCGGCAGGCGCCUUGCUAGACGGAUUUCGCUUCCUUCGCCCAGAGCCGCGCAGCCGCCCCUUUGCAUCCCGCCCGCCCGCCAGAGGGAGUCUGCAGGGAGCCGCGCGCCCCGCGGCGGGACACGUCUGCCCGGAUGCCCCGCGGCUGAGGCGCGGCUCCCUGGGCGCCCCCCGUGAGGGCGCGAGUUCUCGCCUCCGACGCGCCAGGCGCUCCAGCGGCGCGCGGGAAGGGGGCUGCCCGGCGCCUGCCCAUUUCACCAGGCGGCGCGAGGAGCAUCUGCCGGCGCCCGCUUCUCCCCGGCUCUGCGGCGCCCGCACCUCUCCCCGCCCGCUCUCCCCAGCCCCUCCGCGCCUUCCUCCCCCCCCGCCCUCCCCGCGGCGCGCCGCUCGCUGCUCCACAAGUGCCGCUCACUUCGCUGCGCUCCGGCAGCUUCGCGGCUCGGCGGGAGGGGAGGCUCGGCGCCCGGCUCCUGGCCCUGCCCCUGCCCGCGCCGAGCAGGCUGCCGCAGGCGCGAGCGGGCUGAGCGAGCGCGUGGCCCCCGCCCGAGCCCUGCAUGUGGGGCUCCUGGCGCAGCGCAGCAGCCAGCAGCUGGAGCGGCGGCGGCCAAGCAGCGCCCGGGCUGGGAGGCAGGAUGAAGGGCUUCCUCCGGCUGGCCCUCGGCUGCUUGGUGGCGGACCUGCUGACGCUGGUGUGCCGGGCGCAGGAGAAAGCCGGCCAGCACCUGGGCAGCUUAGUGAUGCUCUCCGGGGGGAACCACUCCAGCCUUGGGGAGCACGGGGACGCCUCAGAGCCCCCCGCCACCCCGGACUUCUGCCGGGGCUACUUCGACGUGAUGGGCCAGUGGGACCCGCCGUUCAACUGCAGCUCGGGGGAGUUCAUUUUCUGCUGCGGCACUUGUGGCUUCAGGUUCUGCUGCAAGUUCAAGAAGACCCGGCUGGACCAAAACACCUGCACGAACUACGAGACGCCGGUGUGGAUGAACACGGGGAAGCCGCCUGCCCGCAUAGACGACCCGCUGCACGACCCUACCAGGGAUAAAACCAACCUCAUCGUCUACAUCAUCUGCGGGGUGGUGGCGGUCAUGGUGCUGGUGGGCAUCUUCACCAAGCUGGGGCUGGAGAAGGCGCACAGACCGCAGCGGGAGCACAUGUCCAGGGCUCUUGCUGAUGUUAUGCGACCUCAAGGUCCUUGCACAACAGAUCACAUGGAAAGAGACCUAAACAUUGUUGUUCACGUACAACAUUAUGAAAACAUGGAGACAAGGCCACCUGCAAAUAAUUUACAUGGUCCCCAGAUGAAUAACGUGGUACCAACUUCUCCUCUCCUCCCUCAGAUGGCACAACCGCAUUCAUACCCCAGCAUGGGACAGAUCACAAAUCCUUAUGAACAACAGCCCCCGGGCAAGGAGCUUAACAAGUACGCCUCGCUAAAGGCAGUCGGAGGUUAUGAUGGUGACUUUACUAUGAUGACGCUUCAGUCAAAAGCUGACAAGGUCAAUGAUGACUUCUAUUCUAAACGUCGACACCUUGCAGACCUGGCUGCCAAGGGGAGUCUGCCACUGCACCCAGUGCGCAGAGAGGAAGACAGAACAUAUAUGCCUGACAAUAGCAUGACCAGGCAGAAUGGGCAGAAAUCCAAAGUCUCAAAGAUGCAAACACACCCAUUAUCUUACAACUCCAACUACAAAACCUGGGACCCCAGCGACCAGUCCCUCCGACGGCAGACAUAUGCAAACAAGGGGAAGCCCGGCACAGGAGAACCAGCAGUAAGUGACCCACUGACAACACGGAGCCAGCACUAUCUGCCCACCCAGCCAUAUUUCAUAACUAACAGCAAGACAGAAGUGACUGUCUGAGAUUACUUUUCAGCAAAAAGAUUCCUUGAAAACAAAACACAUGCGUAUACAACACAUGAAUAACUGAAAGAGGCAAAAAAUGAUAGCAAGAAAAAAA